AUGCGUGUAGUGCGCAAACGAUUGCGGAGGUCGGACCGUAGGCGUGUUUUUGUGGGUGGAGCUAAGCGAAGAAUCUUUCGUGCUUUCCCAGCAGAAGUGCCGUCAUUUUUGCCGAAGGGCAUCGCAUCUAGACUGACAAUCGGAAAACAGUUGCUAAUACGAGCAAUUUUUUUCCGCUUUCUCUCUCUCUCUCUCUCUCUCUCUCUCACUCUCUCUACUUCUUACUUUCUCUUUCCUCGCUUUUCAUUUAUUUCUUUAUCUUUCCUUUCAUUCCCCCUCCCUGCAAAUACACGCAGGCAUUUAGGACUCAGAGAUCGAGAAUUUGCAAUUUGUAGCGCAUGCGUUGUUUUUAUCGAGACGAAACCGCACAUGCGCUAUCUAUCUAUAUAUCUAUCUAUCUAUCUAUCUAUCUACGUCUGUUCUAUAUUUAUCUAUCUUUACACCUACUUACCAAGUUAUGGUCUACCAAGUUUUUUCGCCUCCAGAAAAGUUCUAUCUAUCUAUCUAUCUAUCUAUCUAUCUAUCUAUCUAUCUAUCUAUCUUAGUCUUUUAAUAUCUAUCUAUCUAUCUAUCUAUCUAUCUCAGUCUGUUCAUAUUUAUCUAUCUAUUUCCGCCUGUUUAUUAAUUUUAAUAUCUAUCGAUCUAUCUGUCUGCCUGGCUAUCUAUCUAUCUAUCUAUCUAUCUAUCUAUCUAUCUAUCUAUCUAUCUCAGUCUGUUCAUCUUUAUCUAUUUAUUUCCGCCUGUUCAUUAUCUAUCUAUCUAUCUAUCUAUCUAUCUAUCGAUACAUACCAGGAGCAGUGGUUCAUAUGUGGCGGCAAUAUUCCAUGCAUGGACGAAUGGUAG